CACAGAAUUGAUUCCGCUUACUCAAUUGUCCAUUGCUUCACUCACACGACAGACCACACGCGACCUCUCUGUAUACUCAGCACUGCUCCUCUCGCCCACUAGAUUCUCAUUACCUACCGAAUGCGCAUUGAGUCUACGCCGCCACCCAACCGAACUGAACCCCUCCAAAAUCCGAUCGCGGCGCCGUCCUUGCCCGCCUCAAGCCAAAACAUGCCGUCCGAUGCGACUCCAGGCUCACCGGCGGGCUCCAACUCAGCUCUGCCUCCCUUUUACUCGCCAAAGACAGAGCCUGCCGAUGCAUCGACUCCUGCGCACCAUCACAAUGACACUCUCGAGCAGUCCAUAGACUCACUAUCUCUCUCCCCCGCUCCCUCCACUCCCGCCUCCGCUCCCGUCUCCGCACAUCCCGAUCCCGAGACCCCGAUCGGCCUAGAACCCCCGCCAUCACUGCUCUCUCCCUCCUUCACGCCCCCUUCUACGCCUGGUACUUCCACACCGACGACGGCUGGCCUUCGCGGUGUCCCCGUCGACAGCUCCAUCCCCUCCGGAGGAUGCGGAUCAAAGAGACCAAAGCUGCUCCCGACUCUCCCGGAGGUGGAAUGCAUCGUUCGUGCCCGUAUCCCCACGGUUGCAGGAACCGAGAUGUUCUUGCACCUGUACACCAACAAUGUGGACAACAAGGAGCACCUCGCCAUCGUGUUUGGCAAAAAUAUCCGAAGCAAGAGUCUAGAUGCUGUCCGGGAGGGUGAGACCGAGAUGGACCGCAUGGUGCGCGGCGCAUACACAGGAAGGCUGUUCCCCGGUCGCACAACCAGUGGCAUCGGUCCAGCGACCCCUCAGGAGGAACAGCCACCGCAGCCGUCGGACGAGCCUCCUCUGGUGAGGAUUCAUUCCGAGUGCUACACAGGUGAGACGGCGUGGUCAGCGCGAUGCGACUGCGGCGAGCAGCUCGAUGAAGCAGCGCGCCUGAUGAGUCUGCCAGGCAACAAGGCCGGCGGCAUCAUCAUCUACCUGCGACAAGAGGGUCGUGGUAUCGGUCUGGGAGAGAAGCUCAAGGCGUACAAUCUUCAGGAUCUGGGGUCUGAUACUGUCGAGGCGAAUUUGCUUUUGCGCCAUCCUGCCGAUGCUCGAAGCUACGGUCUUGCUACCGCUAUGCUGCUGGAUCUUGGCCACCCCGAGGUUCGACUGUUGACCAACAACCCUGACAAAAUCCGCGCAGUCGAGGGUCCUAAUAGAGAGGUUGUGGUCAAGGAGCGAGUGGCCAUGGUGCCUUUGUCGUGGAAGGGACGUGGAGGUUUCAGAAGUCAGGAAGUGGAGGGAUAUCUCAAGACCAAGAUUGAAAAGAUGGGUCACAUGUUGGAUAUGGCAUCAGUGCCACGAUAGAUGCGCAAACGAGAGACAAAUACCAGAACAGAGAGAGAUGGGACUUGAACAAGGCUUCUGUUUGUUGCAAUCAGGGGAGUUUAUCGUCGUUCUUUGGGAUUGAUUGAUGGCGUUGGACGGUGGAGCUUUUGAUGUAUGUAUGUGUAGGUAUGAUAGACAAAAACCACAUUUCAACAACUGUUCCAUAUCCCGAUCUACAAUCGUUGAUUACGGGGAUGGAUUUAUGAACCAUGAGUGCCUUAAUG